CGGGGCGAAGACGCCAUGUUGAGCGAAAACGGAAGUGUUUUACUCCCCUGUUAAAAACAUAUUCUGAAUGUUUGCGAAGAGGAACCGGACGCGUUAGGAGUAAAAAGCUUCCCUUUAGGCGUUUGAACAUAAUCCGCGAUUGAAUUACGCGUUAGAAAAGAAUCAUUCUCUUUGUGGGUCUCUUUAAGAGCAACUUUACACAGACUGACAGACCGUCAAAUCACUUCACGGGGUGACCGUAAGUUAAAGAUCGGGUCCUGAAGAUGCCACUGGCGCAGUGUGCAGACCCCUGGCAGAAGUUGCCGGUGGGGCAUAUGGAGAAUGAGGAUGACUCCAUGGUUGAGGAUGAUUCUCUUGUUCACGAUGAGGGCUCGGUGAAGGAAAUCAGCAUCACUCAUCAUGUCAAAGAGGGCUCGGAGAAAGCAGACCCACGGCAGUUUGAGCUCCGCAAAGUGCUGGGUCAGGGCUCUUUUGGCAAGGUGUUCCUUGUCAAGAAGAUCUCUGGGCCUGAUGCAGGACAACUCUACGCUAUGAAAGUGCUAAAGAAAGCUACGUUAAAAGUGCGAGAUCGAGUGCGUACAAAAAUGGAGAGGGACAUCCUAGUUGAGGUCAACCAUCCAUUUAUUGUUAAACUGCACUAUGCAUUUCAGACAGAAGGUAAACUCUAUCUGAUACUGGACUUUCUCAGAGGAGGAGAUCUCUUCACUCGGCUGUCUAAAGAGGUGAUGUUUACAGAGGAGGAUGUUAAGUUUUACCUAGCAGAGCUGGCUCUGGCACUGGACCAUUUACAUGGACUGGGAAUCAUCUACAGAGAUCUCAAGCCAGAAAAUAUUCUCUUGGAUGAUGAUGGACACAUCAAACUUACAGAUUUUGGUUUGAGUAAAGAGUCCAUUGACCAUGAGAACAAGGCAUAUUCGUUUUGUGGUACGGUGGAAUAUAUGGCUCCAGAAGUUGUCAACCGCAGAGGUCACACCCAGAGUGCCGAUUGGUGGUCUUAUGGUGUGCUAAUGUUUGAAAUGCUGACUGGAGCACUUCCAUUCCAAGGGAAAGACCGAAAGGAGACCAUGACGAUGAUCUUGAAGGCGAAGCUGGGCAUGCCUCAGUUCCUCAGCCCUGAAGCCCAGUCUCUGCUCCGCAAUCUGUUCAAAAGGAAUCCUGGCAAUCGCUUGGGAGCUGGACCUGAUGGAGUAGAAGGAAUCAAAAGACAUUCUUUCUUUACCAGAAUCGACUGGAAUAAAUUAUUCAGAAAAGAACUGCCUCCUCCCUUCAAGCCAGCCAUCAAGAAGCCAGAUGACACUUUCUACUUUGACUCCGAAUUCACUGCCAAAACCCCACGAGACUCUCCUGGUGUCCCUCCAAGUGCCAAUGCCCAUCAGCUCUUCAGAGGAUUUAGUUUUGUUGCUACUGGAGUAGAAGAAGAGAGCCAGCCACCCAUUCAGAGUAACAUCAACAUGAGCAGCAUACUCCAGCAGUCCCACCGGAGCACACUUCAGUUCACAGAUGCAUAUGAAGUUAAAGAAGACAUCGGCGUGGGCUCCUAUUCCGUCUGCAAGCGCUGUGUGCAAAAGAGCACAGGAAUGGACUAUGCUGUUAAGAUUAUCAAAAAGGAGAGGAGAGAUCCAACAGAGGAGGUUGAGAUCCUGCUGCGGUACGGACAACAUCCCAACAUCAUCACCCUGAAGGACGUCUUUGAUGAUGGGCGAUCAGUGUACCUGGUCACAGAGUUGAUGAAAGGUGGAGAACUACUGGAUAAAAUCCUCCGACAAAAGUUUUUCUCUGAGAGAGAAGCCAGCGCUGUCCUCUACACCAUUACAAAGACUGUUGAGUAUCUGCACGCCCAAGGGGUAGUCCACCGAGACCUAAAGCCCAGCAAUAUACUGUAUGUGGAUGAAUCUGGAAACCCAGAAUCAAUCAGGAUCUGUGAUUUUGGUUUUGCUAAACAACUCCGAGCAGAAAAUGGACUGCUGAUGACACCAUGCUACACUGCUAACUUUGUUGCUCCAGAGGUCCUGAAAAAGCAAGGCUAUGAUGCAGCUUGUGAUAUCUGGAGUCUGGGAGUUCUUCUUUAUACCAUGCUCACUGGAUUCACUCCAUUUGCAAAUGGUCCAGAAGACACACCGGAAGAGAUUCUGGCUCGCAUUGGCAGUGGCAAAUUCUCCUUGACUGGUGGAUACUGGAAUUCUGUAUCACAUGAUGCAAAGGACCUCGUAUCAAAGAUGCUGCAUGUUGACCCUCAUAAAAGAUUAACGGCUGCUCAAGUACUUCGCCAUCCAUGGAUAAUCAACAAGGACCAGUUACCCAAAUACCAACUCAACCGGCAGGACGCCCCUCACCUAGUGAAGGGAGCGAUGGCAGCCACUUACUCAGCCCUGAACAGAAAUGUUUCUCCUGUCCUGGAUCCAGUGGGCUGUUCCACACUGGCUCAGCGCCGUGGUCUCAAAAAGCUGACCUCUACCGCACUGUGACCAUUCAGACCUGAGCUACAAACUACAAAAGGCACAUGCGAUUGAGAGAUUCAUAGCGAUUCUACCAUCAUCACCAAACUGCAGUCCAAACCAAAAAACAAAUAAUCUUUUUCAGUACUUGCCACUCAUGACCAUGUAGAAUAUUAUACAGCGCUCUUAGGUGAAUAUUAAAUUCAUGUACAAUUGUUUUAUGAAAAUACUCUAGAAAUUUACUUCAUAUAAGAUUAUAUAAAGUAUUUCUGUUCAGUCUGUGUGGAGAUGAUCAUGUAUUAAUGCAUGUCAGGAGAUGUAUUGCGGUGGUAAUGUCAUGUACAAUGGCUGUUCGCAACUGCCACUAACUUUAAAACAGACCUCAUGUGCUGAAAUUCCUCUCUCAAGCUUUUCUGCUCAAGAGAAAGCGCUGUGAGCGAGUUCUGCCACUAUGUGCGACGUCAGAUGGUGUUUGAACAGUGUUGAAACCGUUUGUGUGAAAUCAAAGAGAACUAUGCAAGUAAACGUUGUGUGUCCCUGGAAUUGUAGUGUGAAUGUCACAAACCAAGUAUUCUCUGCUAAUAUAGUGUUUUAAUUGAGCAAAGUGGUCAAAAAAAAAAAAAAUACGAUGAACGUGUUUUAAAAGUAAUUGAUUUGCAUAAAAGACAAUCAAUAUAGUGACCUCAUUCUUCAAUCUUCUUCCAACUUACGCAAAACCACUUUUAUGCUGUGUCUUUCCUAAUGAAUAUGGUAGAGUUUUAUGGGAUGGCUUUAUAAGAGCAGUUUUUAUAAUAUUGGUAAUGACCAACGUACUGCUGUCUUACUCUUAAGUGAUUGAAACACUCCUAUUUUUUUGUAUUAUUAUUAUAUUUUUUUUGUUAAAGGGAAUUAUGCAGGCUGUAUUACGCAUCUUUUUUCCAAUCAUGAUUUUAAAGACUAUUGAGAAUGUAUUAUUUUUUUAUACCUGAUGAUGAACCGUUUUCUGUAAGUUUGUAUGUGAGGCCACAUGUUUGAGGGGGCUCGGGUCACUGGUGCGUCCUGUUGUCCUGGAAUGAAUUUACAUUGAUUAGUCCAACUGUUUUUAUAAAUUAUUGCUGCUGUAUUUUAUUAAUCACAGUGCAGAAAUGUCCUGGUGAUCUCUCCUGGCCUCUAUUGUAUUACAUUGGCCACAUAUAUUUUUUUUUUCAGCACAUUUUUGCUUUGGACAGCAGUUUUUAUUCAUGUAUUAAAACAAAUCUUGCAUUACA